AUGAUUGAGGUCGACACUUGGGCUACGAUUGUUAAAGCUCGAGUGUUCAUGAAUGAUUUGUUGCAUAAAUCACAUGUGUUAUCUUCUGUUUGGACAGGUUGUAAAGAGGUUUUAGAAGAUUUAAUGCAAAAUUCUAUGUGGAGUAUAGGUAAAGGCAACAAAAUCAAUGUCUGGUGUGAUAACUGGUGUGGGAAACCCCUAGUUUCCAUGCUUCAAGUUCCUGUUGUUCAGUGGCCGCUGCUGAAGGCAGAUUUGAGUUCCAUUUUGUGCGAUAAUUCUUUCAACUUGCCUUCAGGUCUGAUCCGACUCUACCCCGACCUUCCUAAUUUGGUCUCCAAUAUUUUUAUGAACUAUUUGAGUGAAGAUAAACUUGUUUAG